AAACGACGUCGAGAAGGUACUAAUUCGGAGGAACCGACAUCUCUUGCUGAAGAAGAGGAAAGUGAUUUAUCGAGUAACAAAUUCAACGACGAAUUCACUGUCAGUCAAAGUGAUAUUCCACCUGAAGGGUCUGUUAAAGAAGGUGAGGUAAUUGUUCCUGAAGAAGAAGUUCAAGAAGAAGAAGCCUUGAACUCGUCAUCUCCUGUUGCAGUUGAUGUGGAAGGAACGGAUAUGGAUGACUUCUCGUCAAGUGUUCCUGAACAAGUCGAGACCAGUUCUAACAUGGAGUCUGGAGAAUUUCCAAUCCAGUGUUCAUCACCCCCAGCAAUGUCCCAAAGUCCCCCUGUAGAGGAUAUUCCAACUCCCCGGGUACAGCGCCGACCUAGCGCAAGUUCCACGUCUUCCCCAUCUCUCCCCAGUGAUGAACUGGAGGCGGAGGAAGAGCGGCGUUCAUUUUCAAGAAGGAGUAGUGGCAAGAAGGGCUAUUCAAAUCAUCACCAUAGUAGACAUCGAGAGGACUAUGAUCAACUCACCUCAUCCCAAUAUCGAUCUGAGAGUCGGUGUUCCCAGUGCUCGCACUGCACAUCUCAGAGCUAUUAUGAUUCACUUCCACGACGAAGGCCACAUGGAAGUAAUUCAAGAGCCUAUGAAGGGGAUGGAGAUGACUAUGCGGAUUAUUACGGUACUCUGCCUCCACGAAGAGUAACCAAACCUCCAAAAGCAGUGAGGCAGCCUACUCGUUCAGUGAAGAACUACCGAAUGAGGGGAAGAGAUUACUCACCUGAAGGUCCUGAGAAUGAAGAGGAUGACUUCGUGGAUGAGACGUCUUCGGAGGUCCACUGGCGUACUCAUGCUGGUCGACGAAGGGCUCCAUUAAAUCAACGUCACCAUCAACGGCAUUUAGACGCCGUUGAUUCUGGUGAAGAGUUCAGUUACCCCGCAGCAGGUUCCACUCUUCCUCCCCGUCCACAUCGUUUGGAAUUGAAUCAUCUUGGCAAGUCCGCCGGUACAGGUUUAGACGCCCUCGUAAUCGCUGAACUCGCCAGAUCAGUCACAUCUCUUCGUUCCGAUAUUGAAAGACUCACCGCGCAGCAACUAUUCCUGCGUUCUGACCUUCACGAAGCGGAAUUCCCUCGAUCAGUCACUUCGGCCCAUUCCUCAUCUCGCCUGCAUCUAGCCUGCACCCCUUCAGGUAGUACUCGAGCUAUGUGGAGCAGCAGAACGCCUUUGAGGUAUCCCUCCCAAUGUGAUGUUCAAGAGAAGAUGAAUAAUGAACCAGAAAUCGAUCGAGAAGAGGGGACAGAUGAGCGUGUUCUAACUCCUUCUCCGGAUCACGUAACCAAUGAAAAUGAACCACCCGUAGAGACCUCUCUGAUAGAAGAAAUCAAACAGGUCGACACUGCUUCCCCACCUGAUUAUAAACCCUUUGAAGAAGUUCCAACAAUCCCAGCAGAGUCCCCAACCCCUGAACCCGAAAUCAAACCUGCUGAAACACUAUUCAUCACUUUUGAAAAUCCAUCGUCAGAGCGCCUUCAGAGAGCUCGAGAAAGACUUGAGGCACGUAGAGCGGCUGAUCGUUCCAAGCACUCAGAAAGCGCUAUUCGAGCCCGAAUUGCAGAUAGAGAAGCUCAAGUAAUGGCAGAAAUCUCAGCAAUGGCUCGUAAUACUCCCUCAGUUCCCGCAGAUAGUAAUGUGUUCUCUGACAUUGUUUCUGAGAAUUCAGGUUUUCCUGUGCACACAACUAAUGGUGAGGACGGAAUGCUCAGCAAUGGUGAAGGAAGCUCCAACAAUCCACUCAAACUCAAUCGUCCAGGUUCUGCUCGAACCCGACAAACCUCGGCUGCUACCAGAAAGACUUCAACAGGAGUUUCUCAAAGACCUUCUGCUGUAGGAGCCGGCACUGGUGGCGGUGGAAGUGGUCGUGUGUCGCGAUCGUCGUCUUUGACGCGGUCUACUGCUCGUGGUUCGGUCACAUCGAGUAGUGGGGCUAGACCUACCACUGGAAAUCGAGUUACGUCAACUAACGGACGACGGGAGACUACGUCUACGACUCGGCGAAGAUCAGCUUCAAGGCCUUCCGCAGGUCAACUCAGUAAUGGUCCCAGCCUGUCCUCUCUGCAUCGAUUGGAAAAUGGAGAGGAAAGUACCUACAGUGGUCCAGGUCUUCCAAUAGCUGGCAACUAUCCUCAACCCAAACUUUUCGUAAAGCCGAAAUCCAAAUCCAAUCGACAAGUCAUUGUUAAUGCAAUUUCUCAUUGUUGUCUUGCUGGAACUGUCAAUGAACCCGCAAAAAAAUUGGCCCUACAAGAACUUGCCGCAGUUGAUGGAUCCCACUUUAUUGUCCUCUUUCGCGAUAACAGAUGUCAAUAUCGUGCCCUUUACGCUUUUGAUUUCGACACUGAGGAGCUGAAGUUUAUCUGUGGGAACGGUCCUCGCAAAAUCACGCACAGCAUGUGUGAUAAGUUUUUCAAGUACAACAGCGGAGCAAAACAAUUUAGCGAAAUAACAUCCACUAAACACUUGAGUGCUGUUGUCGAUGCAAUAACAAUUCAAAAUUCCUGGUGGGUUCGAAAUCCUCCAUUGCAUAGUAACGCAGCCCGCUCGGCCGCUGCUUCCGCUGCCUCCAAUGUGUCAACAGCAGCUGUUGUCACCGAUUCCUCCAAAUCAUAA